AUGAAUCCCACGAGAACUAUCGACUCAAUCAUUUUCUUGGUAUUGUUCUGCUUCAUAAGUUUAAGCAUCAAUGUCUUUGUGGCAAAUGGCCAUCAACAAUCAGCAUUGCUUCAUUUGAAGAAUAGCCUCACUUUCAACCCUGCCAAGUCCCAAAAAUUGGUUCAUUGGAACCAAAAUUACAGUUGUUGUGAAUGGAGUGGAGUAACGUGCAACAAGGGACGUGUUAUAGCUCUUGACCUGAGCGAAGAAUCUAUCUCUGGAGGGCUUGAUAGCUCAAGCGGUCUCUUCAACCUAACAUAUAUGCAAGAUUUGAACCUGGCUUACAAUGACUUCCAUUCCGUGGUUCCUUCAAAGUUGCACGAGCUAAAGAGCUUGAGAUAUCUAAAUUUGUCAAAUGCUGGCUUUGAGGGGCAUAUUCCAAUUGAGAUCUCUCGGUUAACAAGGUUGGUUUCUCUUGAUCUGUCUACCUCACUUCAUACCCUAAAGCUCGAGAGUCCAAAUAUAACAAAUCUUCUGCAGAACCUUACAAAAAUCACAACGUUGUAUAUGGAUGGUAUGAGGAUAUUGGCUGAAGGAAAGGAAUGGGGCCGUGCUCUAUCUUCACUUAAAAAUCUUCAAAUUUUGAGUUUGUCGUCUUGCAAUCUCUCUGGGCCUAUUGAUUCUUCACUUUCAAAGCUUCAGUCCCUCCUAGUACUAAGACUGAAUCAAAACAAUUUGGCUUCCUUAUUGCCAGAGUCCUUUGCGAGUUUGACAAAUUUAACCACCUUGCAACUCAAUAGUUGCAACUUGAGUGGAGUGUUUCCCAUAAGAAUCUUCCAAUUGCCAAACUUACAAGUCAUUGAUGUAUCCAAUAAUCAAGAUCUUCAUGGUUCUUUACCAGAGUUUUCACAUCAUGGAUCUUUCAACACCUUGAACCUUAGCCAUACGAGUUUCUCGGGGAAAUUGCCAGAUUGUAUUCACAAAUUGAGGGAGUUAUCUACCUUGGAUCUAUCAAGCUGCCAAUUCAAUGGAAUGCUUCCAAAGUCGAUGUCAGAACUCACCCAACUUGUUCAUCUAGACUUGUCAUUCAACAACUUCACUGGUCCCCUUCCAUAUUUCAAUAUGUCCAAGAUCCUCAGAUUUCUAUCUGUUUCAAUUAAUCACAUGACAGGUGAAAUUCCAUCAUCUCAUUUUAACAGCCUUGACAAUCUCAUUAGCAUUGAUUUAGUUGGAAAUUCCUUCUAUGGGAGAGUUCCAUCAUCUCUUUUUUCACUUCCAUCUCUACAAGAACUUAUGCUUUCUCAUAAUAGAUUUGAGGGUGUAUUGGAUGAAUUUCCCACUAGAUCAGUAUCCUCAUUAGAGUUCCUUGAUGCUAAUGGAAAUAAUUUACAAGGGCCUAUUCCCUUGUCCAUCUUCCGUCUUAGAAGGCUUAGAGUUCUCCAACUUUCCUUAAACAAGUUCAAUGGCACCAUGCGCUUGGUUACAAUAAAGAGGAUGGAGAAUUUGGAAAUAUUAGAUCUUAGUCACAACAACCUGUUAGUUGAUGCAACUUUGAGGGAUAAUGAUGAUUUGUCAUCAUUUCCAAAAUUGAGCCAACUUAAAUUAGCUUCCUGCAAGUUGAAAGAUUUUCCUAGAUUUCUGAGGAAUCAAUCCAAUUUACGUGGCCUAGAUCUAUCCAGCAACCAUAUUGAAGGAGUAAUCCCCAAUUGGAUUUGGAGGUUUGAAUUCAUGGAUUUCCUAAAUCUUUCAAACAAUCUUUUGACAGAUUUGGAAGGACCAUUCCACAAUAAUAGUUCCAAUCUAUUUCUCAUUGACCUUCAUUCCAACCAACUUUUAGGCCCCACUCCCGUUUUAUCAGGAAGUGUGAUCUAUCUGGAUUUGUCAAGUAACAGAUUCAGCCACAUUGCCCCAUCUGACAUUGGUAAUCAGCUUCCUUUUCUAUAUUUCCUCUCCCUUUCAAAUAAUAGUCUGCAUGGCCAAAUUCAUGAAUCCUUAUGUAAUAUCUCAACUCUUAGAAUUCUUGAUCUUUCCAAUAAUGGUUUGAAUGGCACUAUUCCGGAGUGUUUGACAAGAAUAAGUAGCACUUUAAGAGUACUAAAUCUUGCAAAGAACAAGUUCAAAGGCCAAAUUUCAGAUACAUUUUCAAAUUCUUGUUCUUUGCGGUUCCUUGAUCUCAAUGAAAAUUUUUUUGAAGGUUUUAUCCCAAAAUCAUUGGCCAAUUGCCAAAAACUACAAGUCUUGAACCUUGGAAACAACCAAUUAACUGAUAGGUUUCCUUGCUUCUUAAAUAACGUAUCCACCCUAAAAGUCAUGAUUCUAAGGUCAAACAACUUCCAUGGCCCUCUUGAUUGCCCACAUAGCAUUGGAAAUUGGGAAACACUUCAAAUUGUUGAUCUUGCCUCCAAUAAUUUUCGUGGUAAAUUACCAGGGUCAUUCCUGCAAAGUUUGAAAGCUUUGAUGCUUGAGGAUGAAUCAAGUUCAAAAUUUGGCCAUUUGGUUUUUGAAAUCUUUGAUAAUGUCAGUCCCAUGGACAUCAGAAGUGCGUGGACCCCCAUAGCAAACAAAGACCUUGCACUAAAACUGGCUAAACUUAUAAAUAUAGGAAUGCCACCUAAUGUGAUCAACCACUUAUUCUAUGAUGCUUAUGUCGAGCUUCUUGAGAUCAGAAGUUACCAAGAUUCAGUAACAAUUGUUAACAAAGGGAGACAGGUGAAGUUGGUUAAGAUUCUUAUUGCUUUCACUUCCUUGGAUUUCUCAUCUAACCAUUUUGAAGGGUCAAUUCCAAAAGAACUUAUGGAUUUCAAGGCACUCCAUGCUCUUAACUUGUCAGAAAAUGCUUUUUCAAGCCAUAUCCCUUCAUCUGUAGGGGAUUUGAACAAUCUUGAGUCAUUGGACUUAUCAAUGAACUCUUUCAAGGGGAAGAUUCCAACAGAGCUCGCGAGUCUAUUGUUUCUUGCAGUUCUAAACCUUUCCUUCAAUCAUUUGAUAGGGCCCAUCCCAACUGGCACUCAAAUACAGUCAUUUGGCGCAGAUUCAUUUGAAGGCAAUGAAGGACUAUGUGGACCUCCGUUGACACAGACUUGUAGUUUUGGCGUAGCUCCUGGAUUGUCUUCGCCAUCAUCUGAAACUUCUGAAUCUAUUAGUUCUAAAAUACCAAAAUUACUGUGUGAGCUCGUGACCCUCUUCCCGACGCUUCCUUUGGUGCCACCACCCUGCACUGUUCACUCGGCGUCCGUACAGUCCGUACGCUCUGCACUGUUCAUCGACUUUUCCGGCGCUCUGCACUGUUCACUCGGCGUCCAUACAGUCCGUACGCUCUGCACUGUUCAUCGACUUUUCCGGUGCUCUGCACUGUUCGCUCGGCGUCCGUACAGUGUCCGUACGGUUAUUACUUUCUGGCGUUCUGUUUCGUUUCUGGCGCAUCUCCGGCACGCUGUUUGUGCAAUUCAGUUCUGUUUGCAGCUCCCUGUGUAG